GCUCCGGCGGUUUUUCAUCUCCGGGGUAGGAGGGAGAUGCCUUUGCCGUGGUUUUUCCACCCCCAGCCCUCUCCGUGCCGGGAGAGGCGGUGAUGUGGAGCCGAGAAUGUAGAGGAAAACCCUCCCCGGGAAGGAGCGACCAAAACAAAUCCCUCGCCGUGGCUUUGGCGGCCGCGCGGUGCCCGGGGAAGCCCGAGCAGCCCCUGCCAGCGCUGGGGAAUCCCUCCUGCAGCCCCCGGCGGCGCCCCGGGCGCCCGCGGAGCAAGCUUCAGGAAUGGAGCUGUCUGUCUGAAGAGGAUUCUGCCCAAAUAUUCAUAGUCUCCAAGCUAAUUUUCCUACAGACUCUGGUGUUACAACUUCAUCUUUUUCAGAAUGGCUGAGAAAGCUCCCCCAGGGAUCACCAAAAAGUCUUCAAGGUCCACCCUUUCUCUCCCUCCGGAACCAGUGGAGAUCAUUAGGAGCAAAGCCUGCUCGCGGAGAGUUAAAAUAAAUGUCGGUGGACUCAACCAUGAAGUGCUGUGGAGGACUUUGGACAGACUUCCAAGGACACGAUUGGGAAAGCUCAGAGACUGCAAUACCCAUGAAUCUCUGCUAGAAGUGUGUGAUGACUAUAACCUGAAUGAAAAUGAGUAUUUUUUUGAUCGACACCCAGGGGCUUUCACUUCCAUUUUGAAUUUCUACAGGACAGGGAAACUACAUAUGAUGGAAGAAAUGUGUGCUCUCUCUUUUGGCCAGGAGCUUGAUUACUGGGGGAUUGAUGAAAUAUAUUUAGAAUCUUGCUGCCAGGCAAGAUACCAUCAAAAGAAAGAGCAAAUGAAUGAGGAACUGAGGAGGGAGGCAGAGACAUUGCGAGAGAGAGAAGGGGAAGAGUUUGAUAAUACCUGCUGCCCAGAGAAAAGGAAGAAGCUUUGGGACUUGCUUGAGAAACCCAACUCAUCUGUUGCAGCAAAGAUUUUGGCCAUUGUGUCCAUUCUGUUCAUCGUCCUGUCCACUAUUGCUCUGUCUCUUAACACACUGCCAGAACUUCAAGAAAUAGAUGAAUUUGGGCAGCCAAAUGACAACCCUCAGCUAGCACAUGUUGAAGCUGUGUGUAUUGCUUGGUUUACCAUGGAGUAUCUCUUGCGUUUUCUGUCCUCACCAAAUAAGUGGAAGUUCUUCAAAGGCCCAUUAAAUGUCAUUGACUUACUGGCUAUCUUGCCAUACUAUGUCACCAUUUUCCUCACAGAGUCCAAUAAAAGUGUCCUGCAGUUCCAAAACGUCAGACGUGUGGUUCAGAUAUUUCGAAUUAUGAGGAUCCUAAGGAUUCUUAAGCUCGCCAGACAUUCAACGGGACUCCAAUCUUUGGGCUUUACACUCAGGCGGAGUUACAAUGAACUGGGAUUGUUGAUAUUAUUUUUAGCCAUGGGAAUAAUGAUAUUUUCAAGUCUUGUAUUCUUUGCUGAAAAGGAUGAGGAUGCUACAAAAUUUACAAGUAUUCCUGCGUCAUUCUGGUGGGCAACAAUCACUAUGACUACAGUAGGAUAUGGUGACAUUUAUCCCAAGACCUUAUUAGGUAAAAUAGUUGGAGGACUUUGCUGUAUUGCUGGAGUGCUGGUCAUAGCCCUGCCCAUACCAAUUAUUGUGAACAAUUUCUCAGAGUUUUAUAAGGAGCAGAAAAGACAGGAGAAGGCAAUUAAGAGGAGAGAAGCACUUGAGCGAGCUAAAAGAAAUGGCAGCAUUGUCUCCAUGAAUCUGAAAGAUGCCUUUGCUCGCAGUAUGGAAAUGAUAGAUGUAGCAGUAGAUUCGGGAAAGCUUGGAGAAUCCCUCAGUCCAAAGGAGACACCUGAUAACAGCCACCUGUCCCCAAGCCGGUGGAAAUGGGCCAGAAGGACAAUGUCUGAAACAAGCUCAAACAAAUCUUAUGAGAACAAGUACCAAGAAGUUAGUCAGCAAGACUCCCACGAGCAAUUAAACAAUGCUGCAGCAUCCUCCAGCCCACAGCACCUCAGUGCCCAAAAACUGGAGAUGCUGUAUAAUGAAAUUACCAAAACCCAGUCUCAGCCUAAUCUUAAUGCUGCUUAUCAAGACCAGUCAGCAAAGCCACCCAGUUAUGAAGAAGAAAUAGAAAUGGAGGAAGUUAUAGGUCAGAGAGAUCCCUUGCCAGCGGGGCCUGCGGACAUCGUAAUGGACAUGAGAAGCACAUCCAGUAUCGACAGUUUUGCCAGUUGUGCAACUGACUUCACGGAAACAGAGAGGUCUCCGCUCUCUCUGUUUCCCGGCUCUCACUUGCAAAUGAGAUUUCCAACUGAUGCUGUUAACCUGGAAGAAAACCAAAGAGCAAGAAGUUCUCAGUUUAUACCAUUUGCAAAAGACAGAGGAUUUUCUCCAACUGAUGUCACCUUUGACUAUAAUCCAAUCAACAGAGCUGGUAUCAGUGAUGGCAGUGGGUCCCAAACUGUUUCACAUGGUCAUUUUCAUUUUGACACUGCCAUGGAAAGCCCCAAAAGCUCCCUGAAAGGUAGCAACCCAUUAAAAUCUAGAUCCCUUAAAGUUAAUUUUAAGGACAGCAGAGGUGGCGCUCCACAAACUCCACCGAGCACUGCAAGGCCACUGCCAGUGACAGCAGGAGCAGACUUCACACAGGCCACCCCUCAGCACAUCAGCACCAUUCUCCUAGAAGAAAAUUCCCCCCAAGGUGAACGGCCUGUACUCGGUGCUGAUGCACCUGCACUUUGUCAGGGACCUGCUAAAAAAUCAUCCCCUCUCUUUCCCAAACAAAAGAUUUUCACUUUCCCUUCAAAAGAGAGGAGGAGCUUCACUGAAAUAGACACUGGAGAAGAAGAAGAGUUUAUGGAGUUACACGGUAUGAAACAUGAGAAAAAACAGGAUAUCAAGACAAAUUGCUGUGGGGAUAAACACAGUGAUGGCAACAAUUUACCAGGGGAGUCACAGGUCAGCUCUUCACCCAAAAGCAUGAGCCACAACUGUACUCAAGACAUUUACCAUGCUGUGGGUGAGGUAAAGCCAGACACUAACCAAGAAGGUCACAAAAUGGAAAACCAUUUAUUUGCUCCAGAAAUUCAUUCAAGUCCAGGAGAAACUGGUUAUUGUCCUACACGCGAAACUAGCAUGUGACUAGUUACAGAAGCAAUAAAAAUAUCUUUUCUUAAAACACAGUUAGUAAUGCCUAUGAACUAAAACAUGGAAAGCCUCAACAAAAGUGCAUAAAAUGUUAUUUUUGCAUGGCAUGAAGAGUUGUUUAGUUUAAAUACUGUUUAAUUAAAAAAAAAAAAGACUGCUUUUGUAACAAACUGAAAAAAAACAGGGAAAAAAUUACUCAAGAGUGGUGAAUACAAUAAAGAGAGCUUUAUUAGGAGCCAGUGGUCUGCAACAUCUGACAUUUUUGAUCCUUUCACUUAUGAUUGUAGACAAGUUUUGAACUCUUUAAACUUUCUUUUUUCCCUCAGUUACAAUGAAUUUUAGAAUUUGCACAUGAAAGGAUGAAAUGUCAAUGCAUGCAUUCAUAAGGAUGUGAAACAAGGUGCUUUGAGCUUGCAAAAUGCAUAUACUUGUAAAUAGUUUGGGGUUGGGGGGAAAGCUACUGUUAACAAGGAUUUAUGGAAAAAGCAUUUCCUGGGACACAGGUACUUCCUUCACAGCGUGCUGCCUGGAGGUUUUGUACAGACUUAUGUUGCAAAAUUGCAACUUCUACUUAAAGCAUCUCACGUAUCUUGCUUUCUGUUAAAAAGCUCAUGAGUAUAUCUGUUAAUUAAGGACUACAGUAUUUUAGUUUAUCUGUGCUAUAAAUCAUGAUGGGUUUUUUUUUUUUACUUGCAGAACUUCAGUUAUUGCAUUUGUCAGUUUAAUUAAUGAUCCUGUGAGGGAAAGCAAAGAUUUAAUGACCAGAACUUGAAGCAUUUGAUAUUUUUGUAGAAAAUUGCCAACAUUUCAUAACUGAGAAAAAAAGCGCUCCAUUUUAAAAUUUAAAAAACAUGGUUAUUUCUGUGGCAAUAAACAGUGCCAAAUGGCUAUUCAGAUAUAUCCAAAAGUUUCCAACCUCAUAGAAUAUAACUUGGUAUUAAAAAAAUAUUUCCCACAGUCUUCUUUUUCCUUGAUUUAAUAUUUUGGCUUCUACAUGAUCUUUGAUCUUUUACCUUUUGUUCUCCAUGCAGUGCACAUACUUCAGUAACAGCAAUGAUGUUGAAGCUGUUAAGGUGAAAGGACAUAAGAGACAAAGUUUGUAGGGGAAAGCGAUACCUUUUGUUAUCAUAAAUCAUAGAGCUGGAGAAGAAAAGGCUUCACUACAUGUGAUUUGCCUCAGGUCUUCCAUACCCCAAAGCUUGUUUUUGUUUUUCAGUUCAAUCAUUUGGACUGACAGAAGAUAUCACUUGACUCACCAACUUUGCCUCAACCCAUCCUUCCAGAGCUGUUCUGAAAUGAGUACAGGAUUUCCACUAUACUUAAAUAAAAGAAAAUGUCAUUCCACUGACAACUGCCAAAGCAUCUUUCAUUUCUCUGAUUUCUCCAGCUUUGUAAAAGAUGCUGAACCAAAGCCUUCAUUACAAAGUACCCCUCUAACCACUGUCUCGGAAAAGCUAUUUUUAUUUUAUCCAGAAUCCACAGCUUUUUACACCAUGAAUAUUUUUUAAAAGCUUCUAGAAUGCUUUAAUUCCCUAAAUCAUAAAAAGUUUAUUCAGUUAAUGAAUUCUAAUCAUAAGCAAAUGUGUGCAGUUACACAGACAUGCCCUAGAAAAUGUUCCCUUUUGUUUUGUUUGGGAUUUUUUUGGGUUUUUUUUUUUUGGUAGGGAAGACUUAAAAGUACUUUAGACCAACCAAUGCAUGGUUUGGAACAGCAGGCUUGUACUUACCAUAGAUUAGUAGGUUAAUUUUUACUUGAGUCUUUUUCUGUCACUUGAAUAUGUCACAACUAGGCACCUAAAGCAUUUAGUGUAAAGGAACAGCCAUUUUUGUUACAACGUGGCCCUUUGCUUAAAUGGCCAAUGCCACAGACCUCACUCAAGCCUGGCACAUAGAAAAGAGGCAAGUCUGAAGAGCCCCAAAAUAUUGAUCCUUGUGACUGGGCUGAACAAUGAGCAAAGCACAAUCAUUUAGGUGGGUUUAAAAAAAAAAAAAUUUAUAUUUCCAUCAGUUUUCUUAUUUCUGUAACGAGAUAAUAGUGAGGUGUCUCUUCAGUUAUUUGAAUACUUGAGAAUACAAUGUCUUUUUUUUUUUUCAAGCAAUGUCUGGUCAUUAAUUCUCAAAAUAAAAAUGGUUCUUUUGGUCUUUAAUUGCAGUUCAUUUCAACUUUUUGCUGCAUUCAGUUUUAUGUAUUUAUACUGUAUUCUGUGUAACACUUUUCAAUCCUGUUGUGUCUCACUGUCCCCAAGCUUAGGUCUUAAAUAUUUUAUAGUCAUUACUCUUCUACAUUUCUUUUUUAGUUUCUAGAUAUUUUCAGUGACUAAAACUAAAUGCCAGUCAAUUUUUAUAUGCCUGAAGUGUUGAUUUGUAUUUUCUAUGUGCAGUUUUAUGAAAUCACAUGGGCCUGUUUGAUCUGCCUUUUCAUCCUAGUGAACUAUUGAAGUCCAGAUUAAGACCAAAUGGGACCUGGUCCCGUGCUCUGGAUCCACAGAAAAUUCCCAUUCAAGACAAUGAAGUUGUUCUGGCAAGACUGAGGUCUGUCAUGUUCCUCCUGUGUGCUUUUUCUCCCAGGUGACCCUUAUGCUUUGGAAAAGCCCCUUAGACCUAUGACACUUGAUGGAAAGGGAGGAGUCCAGCCAUAGGGAACCUACUGCAGGAACAGAGAUUUCAUUCCUAAAGCUCUCCUGAGCUGAAGGUCAUGCAAACCUGAUUCUGUCCCAUUAAAAUCACUACAAAUUUAAAAGGAGUAAAGUCAAGGCCUCAAUUCUUGUGCAAAUGAAUUUCCCCUGAAACCAAAGGGAGUCUGGUGGAAAAAGGGACUGACUGAAAUCGAAAUGAGAGGAACAAUAGUCUCUCCCUCUUGAUGAAAUUCAACAGGAGCUUUAACUAUUUAAAUCAGAUUAAAGACCAGGCCCUUAUUUGCUGCUGUAUUUUAAAUGUUUUCAGAGAAGCACAUUUAUUUUGAAAGAAAUGCAAUUCACUUUAUUAACAGAUGCUUUAUUUUUUUUAAAUACUGGAAGCAAAAUGAUUAAGCUUUAGAAGUGCUUUUGGUAUAAUUUUGUUAUCUACUUUUGUCUAUGCUGAAAAACUAUUUCCAGAAGCACAGGUUUAAGAAAUGUGGUUUUUCCAGUCUUGACUGCAUAUACAGGAUCCACCUCUGAAUACCAAGCUUGUAUAAUUCCUGAUUAAAACAUCUUUUUGAGCAGUUGCAGGACUGGACUUAGCUUUCUAUCCAGUACAGCAGGUGUAAGAAGUGCAGGCUGGGAUCAUUUCACUCAUCAUGGGUUGAUAUGCAGCAAAUUAUGCAAAAUUACACAAGUAUAUUUUUCUGGUUUUCUAAAACUUUGAAGCCAUUUUGGACUUAUUACCCAUUCACCACAGUAAGGGGAGAAUGUGUCUGAGUUCUGGGGUCAGUCUCUAAUGCCAGCUGUGCAAUUUCAAAACAACUGCAGGAGUCUUAGGAAGAAGUGACUCCUUUGUGCACCUGAAAGGUGUCUGACUCCUCACAUCACUGGAAAAUGAAGAAUGUUCAGGGAGACAGCUUUGCAAUUGAUCUAUUUUUUUAUAUUUUUUACUAACUACAGAAUCCUGAAUCAAAGUUUUAAUUCCUUUUCAAUGAUGAAACCAAAUGCAGAUAUUUAAAAAAUGUUCACAGAGUAAUUAGCAGAGUUUUUGAGUGAUAAUCACAUUAAUCCAA